CACAUUUUGAGUCUUUUUUUGUUCUUUAACAAUAACUUUCACACCCCACUCUCUCUUUUUUUUUUUUUUUACAUACAUUAAUAUUAAUACAUCAAUUAUGCUGGCUACUCGUGGUAUAUUAAGAACUAUCGCUCAAAAUCCUGUUGCAUUAAGAAGCACUUUUGCUGCUGCUCCUUCUUUUGGUGUUAGACAUUUCAAUGCUUCUCAUAAGGUACAGGAACAAUGUGCUGCUGCUGAGUCAGAACUUUUGCGUCAACAGCGCAAGCUUCGUCCAGUUUCUCCUCAUCUUUCUAUUUACCAACCUCAAAUUACUUGGUAUUUAUCAGCUGCUCAUAGAGUUACUGGUGUUGCAUUAGGCGGCGCAUUUUAUUUGAGCGCACUUGCUUAUCUUGCUGCACCAGCAUUUGGUGCCACUGUGGAUACAGCCAGCAUUAUUUCAACUGUAGCUGCCGCACCUGUAGCUGCUAAAGUAGUUGCAAAGACAACGGUUGCUUUCCCUUUUGUUUUCCAUUGUCUUAAUGGUGUUAGACAUUUGGUUUGGGAUGCUACAAAAAUGCUUAACAUUAAGGAUGUUUAUAGAUCAGGUUAUAUGGUUCUUGGUGGAACUGUUGUUGGUUCUUUAUAUUUGGCUCUUAUGUAAUUAUUUUACAUAAUAAAGAAUAUCAAUUUAGUAAUACAUGUAAUAGAAAAGAUAUGACUUUAAAAUCAUAAGUGAUAGAUAUUAUUUUAACUGAAUGCAACUAUAUAAAAUAU